GUCCUUCGUCCCUUCACUACUAAUCUUUAAUAAUCUUAAACACCAAUCGCGCGCAUUCAUUCUCAGCAACCUAUCUGUUACUUGCUAGGAUGCCGUCCUACAUUAUCGCAACUCCAUUCGGCCUUGGGCUCCCAUAUCCUGCUUUAUUUGUUGUUCCUGACAAACAUGCUACAAAGCGAAGACCGUCUCGUUACUUCUGGGAGAAAGUUGUCGCUCCACCCCAGCCAGCUCCUCCUGCCCCACUCGAAGGCGAAAACAAUACCUCGGCUUCACCAAAUCAAUGGCUCGAGGACGAUUCUCCAGGAUUGAGUGAAAGCGAAGAUGAAGAGUCGAGACUUCCACCGCCACGUGUGCUUCCUUCCAAGAAGAAAAGCUUUGCUAGGAUUCGCGAGAUCGCGUUUCGAGCAUUCAUACCAAAAGCAGGCAGCAAGAAAUCCAGCACAGUGAUCGCUACCGAAGUGGUCUCACAUCAUCAAACAAAUGACCAUCAUAGUGCAGACGAGAAGGGUAGCUCAAUAUUUACCAGUUGGCGUAUCAAAUCGAGGGGUGCCAAUACUCGGAUCAAGAAGCUUACUGCGAAAGUCAAACGCCGCAUCAACAGUCGUAGUCCUCCAGACCAAAUACCUAAGACUUGGGAAGAGUACCACAAGCUCUAUGCUAAGGAACAAAUCGAUAUUAAUGACCCACCGCCACCCCCAACCGAACCAAACAAAGAUGCACCAACACCCUGGGAAAUCAAGUGCUAUGCCCCACCUCUCGCUGACGACGAGCCAAUCCGACAGCUAGUCCUCAAUCGUCUCGGCAUGUUUGGGAAGGGGUUCGAUUCAUCGGAUGAGGCAGCCGCACGGUCUCACCAACGAGACAUGGCAGCAGAAGCACUUGAAGCAUCAGGUCAAGUACCCGAAACUCUUUCAGAGGCAUGGGAGCGAAGUUCUACAACGUCUUCGGAUAUGAGUCAGGAAGCCACUCGCGCAAUGAUGAAUACAUUGAGAGCAAGUAAAAUCCCACCGGAGACACUCGAACAUCAUCCUGUCUUCAGGAAGAUUGUCAGACAAUGUCGUGAAACGUUUGGUGCUUCUAUCAGUUUGCUCAGUGUCAUGACUGAACAUAGCCAGAUCUUUCUGGCCGAGUCUGGUCUUCCUUCUAUGAGAGAGGCUCCUCGUGAAGCCACCAUUUGUGUACCACUCCUGGCGCCCAAUCUUGAUGGGUCACCAGAGUCAGACGAGGCAGCUUGUCCGAUAGGUACCUUAUGCAUUGUCGACGAUAAGCCACGUGAAGAAUUUGGCAUCGAGGAACGCAAGAAGCUUGUUUACAUGGCAGAAUAUGCCCGGCGUGAGAUCGAGAAAUGGUUUCAGAGCAAACUAGCUGUUAAGGUGGAAGGACUUGAAGAAACACAUAAGACCUUUGUGGAAGACAUUCAAAAAGUUGAAGCCUUGGAAGAGGAUUCUGAAGCACUACCAUGGGAAAACGAUAGUGAAGUGAUUAAUCAUCCAUACCCGCAACCUAACCAGGGACAAGGGAAUUUGAGCAUCCGCAGAUCACCUUCUCAAGCCAAUUCAUUAUCCAAAUCUUUAACCAAAUCCAAAAGCUCUUUGAUUUCGAAACGCCCCAGCUUGUUUGAUGAUCCGACGUCAAUGAUUAGGCCGAGGAUGCAAAAGGUCUUCGAUCUAGCGACUAAGCUCAUCGGCGACUCGAUCAAUUUCUCCUUGGUAUACCUCCUCGCUGUUUCUCCACACGGUGAUUCGAAGGACAUGGGUCGAACAAUGGUCAUCUCUGGCUACAAUUUACCAGCUCGGAGUCCCGAUUAUGAUGCCGGCUUACAUUUACGAGUACUUCGCACACCUGAAGGUGGAUUAUUAUAUCAAAAUCCUAGCGCUCAAGAAGGUCAAGAAGCCGGUCUUACAGCAGGACAUGGGUCAAAUCCUUAUGCAUCAGCUAUUCUUGUUCGAGUUGGCCCUGAGACUAACGCUGGCGGUUUCGUGAUCGGCGGUUUUACCAUCGACCCCAAGCGAGUCUUUGGAGGUGAAGAUGUCGCGUAUAUGAAACGAUUUGCUGGUGAAUUAACUCGUUACACUAGCAAAUUGAGACUUUAGCUUCAUCUGAUGAUCUUGCUAUUCAUACACGAUCAUGGUUGUCAUCACCUAAUUAUCAUCGAUAUUUCUGUCCGCAUCAAUCAUCUUUGUGAAAUACCGAUCCCUGCUAUCUUUUUCCUCUUCUGAAGAUGUAAUACUGAACGUCCACUCACAUCCCAUUAAUUUUUACUGAAAAGCUUGCUGACUUUUGGUCCUCUAAGGAUAUAAAUGCGACUAUACUUUUAUCAAUCGCGCGUACCCGGAAUAUUCAUUAAUUUCUCAUCUCUAUUUCUCUGUAUUUGACUCGAAUAAUCUCUACUAUCUCUUGCGUCUUUCUUUUCAUAUCAAGUACCUUUUUUCAGUUCGUCUAAUGCUAAUUUUGUCAUAGGUAUUGCACUAUUCUUUAGGUCUGCGGAGUGUAAUAAAUUGUUUUUAAUGAGUU